ACGUACCCUCACCGCGGCCCCUCCCCUCAUCCUGUGCUCCGGUCACGUGGUGUCAGCUCGUCGAUCAUAAACACAGACGCGCGCGUGCUUGCGGUCUUUCGGGUGGUGGUCUCUCUGGUCUUUCGUCGGCGCAUCAGAAUUAUGGAGGAUUCGAGCCCGGACCGCAGGGGCUCGGUGUUUGCCGGGCUGGUGGGGGUGUCGCAGGUUCUGGGUCUGCUGUCGGUGGUGCUCACCGGCGUGUGGAUGGGUCAUUACCGCGGAGGCUUCGCCUGGGAUGGCUCAGCCCGGGAGUUCAACCUGCACCCUCUGUGCAUGGUGUUGGGCCUCGUCCUGCUGCACGGUGACGCUAUCCUGGUCUACAGAGUGUUUUCAAACGAGGCAAAGAAGAAGGUGAAGCUGCUUCACGGCACAAUUCACCUGCUCGCCCUCGUCACCAGCAUCGUAGGGGUUGCAGCCGUGUUUGACUUCCACUCAGCCUCCCUCAUUCCACACCUGUACUCUCUGCACAGCUGGGGCGGCCUUACCACCUUGAUUCUCUUCAGCCUACAGUGGGUGAUGGGUUUGCUCUUCUUCCUGCUUCCCGGGGCGUCGUCAUGGUUACGAGCCACAUACCUGCCAAUCCACGUGUUUUGCGGGCUGACCCUGUUGGUUAUGGCCAUAGGAACCAGUUUGCUUGGCAUCACCGAGAAACUCCUCUUCAGCAUCGAGUCCUCCUACCCUCAGUUUCCCCCAGAGGGGGUGCUGGCCAACAUCCUGGGGGUCUUACUGGUGCUAUUUGGAGUGCUUCUUUGCUACUUGGUAACCAGAGAAGAGUAUAGACGCCCACCAAACCCAGAGGAAGAGGCUCUGUCAGUACACUUCAAGACCCUGACUGAGGGGGAGGCCCCAGCCACACCUUGACUUUCCUCUGAAGUCACCUGUUGCCGACCAGCUCGUGAAAAGCUCCCAAAGAGCUGUCAGAAGCUUCUGGUAACCUGGAAUGAAGAACGCCGUCCCUGCCGUGUUUGACGUGUCUCACGUUAGUUAAUGAUGCUUUCAUCUCACAUUGUCGUGCCUUUAUCCUACGGUGAGAGACGUGCUUCUGCAAGCUUAAACGUGCACUACGGACAAGCUCCGCCCACUGUGCACAGAGUCCUCCCCCUUACAUGUUUGGUGUUUAUGUGCAAGUUAAUCUCAGCAGAUGACUCGGAAAGCUUUAGACAACAUUCCUCUGAUGUUCACUCAGUCUCAAGGACAUCAAGAAGCUCUGAACUUCCAAAGAGGACGGUGUCUCUGCAGCUCCCCUGUGCGUUGGAUGUUGCUGAAGUGAUUUUGUGUUGUUGGACCUGAGUACAGACCCAUCUGUGGGUCCCUUUGCCAAAUGUACAUUCUGGAGAUUGUUUGUGGCAUCCUUGCUGGUCUCAAAUAAAGUCUGAGUGAAACAGCUA